CUGUAAAUUAUUAAACACAUUAUCAUGUGUUAUUAACUUUUUGCAGGUGAAAAGGUGAAAAAUAUUUUUCAUUCUGCUAUUAUUGUGUUAUAGAAGUAGAGUUCAUAACAUAUUUUUAUUUUAAAUAGUUUACAUUUUUACUUCUCUUCAAUUUUUCUAUAAAUAGGACAAUUUGCUCUUAUUCUUACUUUAUUUGUCAGCUUAAAAUUAACUGUUAUUGUUUUAUUCAUAUAUUUUUAAUUAUGAUUUAAUGGAACAAUACUGACUUUAGUUGCUAUUGUAAAAUGUUUCAUUGUAGUUUAUAUAUAACAUUCAGCAUAUUAUGAAAAAUUAGAUGGUAGGGAACCUGCUCACAUAUAAUUUGAACAAGCUGGAACUACUUGGAGUUCAGGAAAGCAUUUCUUCAAAGUUUAAGAAGAAAUGAAUAAAGUAUUAACAGAGAAAUCGAAAGAUGGAAAGGUUAUGAUCAAAUAUCCGAAACAGGUAAUAUUUGUAUGCCUCUAUGAAUUAUUAGAGAGAUAUACCUUCUACAGUAUUCGAACUAUAAUUUUGAUUAAGAUAGCUAUCUUGGUCCUUUACUUUUCUGAUGUUUUGAAAAUGACAGAAGAUGAAGCCACCGUAUAUUUCCAUAGCUUUAUUAUUAUUGCAUAUUUACUGCCAAUUUUGGGAGGAUGGGUAGCUGACAGUUGGUUUGGGAAAUUUUGGACAAUAAUUUACUUAUCAUGUAUAUAUGUGGCAGGAGUUGUAAUAUUGACAAUCUCUUCAGUAGCUCCACAGAUAUCCCUUCCUGGAAAACCGAUUUGUAUGGUGGGUCUGGUGUUAAUAGCUAUUGGCACCGGAACUUUGAAGCCAUGUGUGGUGCCCUUUGGUGCUGAUCAGUUCAUUAUUCCUGAACAGAACCAUGAACUGGAUGAAUUUUUCUCAUUAUUUUAUUGGUGCAUAAACGUUGGAAGUGUAAUUGCUUGCUUUACUUCCCCAUUAAUCAGAUCACAAGUACACUGCUUUGGAAAUAUUCAUUGUUAUUCCUUGGCCUUCACUAUUUCCACAUCCACCAUCGUUUUAGCUCUAGCAAUAAUCACAAUGGGAAAGAAAUGGUAUACGAUCAAGGAAGCACAUCAUAAUGUUGUCUCGCAGUUCUUUUGUUGCCUAGGUUAUGGACUUUGGAGAAAAAUAAAGUCUCAUGAUCAUCGAAAUCAUUGGUUGGACCAUGCUGACGAUAAAUUUUCACAAGAAUUGAUUGAGGAUUCUAAAAUUAUUGUCCGUAUCUUUACAGUAAUAUCACCAGCAAUCAUAUUUUGGGCCUUAAAUGAUAAACAGAGUUCGAGGUGGACGUUUCAAGCCAGGAAAUUAAAUGGUGAAAUAGUGAAUUGGUUUAAAAUAGACCCUGAUCAAAUGACUACAUUAAGCUCAUUGCUUGUACUUAUAGCUGUUCCAAUAUUCCAGAGAGGAAUAUACCCUGUUCUGGGUAAAUUUGGCUUGUGCAAGUCUCUAUUAUGUAGAAUGGCUGCUGGAGGAUUCCUGAUGUGUGUCACAUUUCUUAUUGCUGCAUUACUCCAGAGCCAAAUAGAGCUUCACAAAAGUGAAUUUCAGUUGAGUAUAGUCUGGCAACUUCCGCAAUAUAUUGUUCUUGUUUGUGCUGAAAUUUUGUUUGUUGUUAGUGGGACAAACUUUGCUUAUACACAGAGUCCAAUAAAUAUGAAGUCCUUAGUUACCUCACUUUGGUUCUUAACUGUAUCACUUGGAAAUAUAGUAGCAUGUAUCAUAGUUGGUAUUGGAAUCAAUGACUUGACUCUUGAAUUUGUAAUUGAUUCAUGCAUAAUGGCAUUUUUCAUGACCAUUUUUUCUUUUCUGGCUUAUCGCUUUUAUCAAUCAGAGCCCGUGCUAAUUGUACAUUCUGUUGGCUCAGCAGAAAGUCAAAGGACAAUUACAUCAAGAACAUAAGACAAAAUCAGCUGGAAUUCUGGACCUAUCUUGAUCAUGUACUUAUUAUGGUUAUAUAGAUUAUGGUUAAAAAAUAAAAUUGUAUAAGAAAAAUGGAAA